AUGCUGCCGGCAGGCCUGGCGACGGUGGCGACGGUGGGGCGGAUGACCGGGGCAGGCUGGUCGGCGGCGGUGCGGCGGGCGAUGAGCAGCGAAGCGGGUGGCGGCGGGCCACGCGGCAUGCGGCUGGACGAGGAGACGGUGCGCAAGCUGAAGAGCGGCGAGCUGCCGCCGUUGGACUUUGAUUUGCUGCACGACAUUGUGGACGUCGUGGGCGAGGCGAUUGUGUCGGACGAGCUUGGCGAUCGGUUCCGCGAGGCCGGCGCCGCGCCUGGCGUGGCGCUGACCGAGCGCUGGCACAUGGUGCAGGGACUGUACGCCAUGGCCGAGGAGCUGGUGCUGAAGGAGUUUGAGCUGGAAGGCAUGGACGGGCGGGCGCGAUACACGGCAUCGAUGCACAUGUACGUGCUCGGCGACGACGACCACGUCCAGAUCCAGGCGCCCGAGGAAGUCCGCGCCGCUGCCGCCGAGGCCGCCCGCGCUCUGCGCAAGGUCCUCGACCGCAACUGGAACAUCCUGCUCAAGACUGUCGGCAUCGACACUGACGCGCUGCCGGACUCGUUUACUCUGGACGAGGUCAAGGCGGUGCUCGACGAGUGCAAGAUCCGCGUCGACGCGCCACCGGUCAAGGACCAGCUCGUCGCCCUCGGCCGCGACGCCGACCUCUCGUCCGACGACUGGCAGCGCGCGCUCGCCUUUGACAUCAUGCAGCCGCUGCAUAUGAGCGUCGUCUCGGAAAAGCACGGCCUGGCUGGCGAAGAGGGCUACGUGCUCUCGCAGUACUGCUCGCGCCACGUCGCCGGCCACCCGCAGGUUGCUGUUCUCAACAUGGAGCUCCAGCAGGCGGCCAUGGUCCACCUCGAGACCGGGCUCAAGUCGCGCGAGUAAACUGGGGUGUAGUAA